AUGUCUUCGCAAGGUACUGCGGAGGACGUGGGACGUGGCGUCAACACUCUAUACAUCGGUGGAACGGACGAGUACGGAACCACAUCAGAGGCGAAAGCCCUCGUGGAAAAGUGCACGCCACAAGAGUUCUGGGACAAGAGCAUCACUCGUUCCUGGCAGACCGCUUCUUCGAGAGCGAGUGCCCUAUCUGGCUACGCGGAUGCUCGUGGCGACCAGUGCGAUCUCUAUGGCCAACUCCUCGAAUUUCUGCAGCUUAAACACCCUCGAUGUAAGAUUGACGGCUCUAAGCCGGUGACCAAGGACACCAAGUAUAUCUUCUUUAAGUUAGAUAAGUUGCAACCCGAUGUCGAAGCCUUCUUUCGAGACUCGGCCGCAAACGGUGCAUGGUCCAACAACAGCAAGGUCAUCACUUCGGCUUAG